AUGAAGCCUCAAUACCUACCCGACUCCGCGUCAUACAGGCUCCUCGACGAGAUUGGAGUAGGAGUAAGCGCCACCGUCUACAAAGCACAAUGUCUCUCCAUUGAUUCAACUCAUGAUCAUUAUCAUCAUCACCGUGAUGUGGUCGCAAUCAAGGCCAUCGAUCUUGAUCAAUCCCGUGCCGGUUUCGACGACAUUCGGCGUGAAAUCAAGACGAUGUCGCUUCUCUCGCACCCUAACGUCCUUAACGCACACUGUUCUUUCACCGUUGAUCGCCGUCUCUGGGUGGUUAUGCCUUUUAUGUCCGCUGGUUCUGUACAGUCGAUAAUCUCUUCUUCUUUCCCUAAUGGUUUGUCAGAGCAAUGCAUUGCGGUUGUUCUUAAAGAAACGCUGAACGCAUUGUCGUAUCUUCACAAUCAAGGACACUUGCAUCGAGACGUCAAGGCGGGUAACAUUCUCGUGGACUCAAACGGGUCCGUGAAACUCGCGGAUUUCGGAGUGUCCGCAUCGAUUUACGAGCCUAAUUAUUCCAGUCCGGGUUCGAGUUCGGGUUGUUCACCGUCGUUGAAGCUCACCGACGUGGCGGGUACACCGUAUUGGAUGGCGCCGGAAGUUAUUCACUCGCAUAACGGGUACGGGGUCAAAGCGGAUAUUUGGUCUUUUGGUAUCACGGCGUUAGAAUUGGCUCAUGGUCGUCCUCCUCUGUCUCAUCUUCCUCUUUCGAAGUCUUUAAUUAUGAAGAUUACGAAGAGGUUCCGGUUCUCUGACUAUGCGAAACACUUGGAUUAUAAGCACAAGAAGUUCUCGAAAGCUUUUAAGGACAUGGUGGGUUCGUGUCUCGAUCAAGAUCCGUCCAAGAGACCGUCUGCGGAGAAACUAUUGAAGCAUUCUUUCUUCAAGAAUUGCAAGGGAUCUGAUCUUCUGGUGAAGAAUGUGUUGAAUGGGUUGCCCAGUGUUGAAGAGAGGUUCAAGAAGAGCAAGAUCGUAAGUGACGGAAACAAGAAUGAAAUUCAUAACGAUGGAGAAGAGGUGGAGUCAGAGGGUCCGAUUGUGAAACAGAGAAGAAUUAGUGGGUGGAAUUUCGAUGGAGACUGUUUUCAGCUGGAGCCGGUAUUCAUAACAAUGGAGACUGAUGAUGCCGAUUCCAAAUUAGAUGACUCUGUUUCUAAACGGGUCCGAUUUGGUGGAGAAUCGAUCAUUCAAGACAGGGGAAGCGAAUUGGCGGGUGGAUCAGACGAGUCAAGUUUGAGUUCACCUUGCCAAGCUGUUGAGGAGGGCACUCUAUCUGGCGGUCGCAGUGGUGUGGAGUGUGAAGAGGAAUUUGUAGUCAAACCGGUCGAAUUUGGGGGUGAAACCAUCAUUCAAGAAAACCAAAGUGAAUCAGGAGGUGGGUCAGGAGAGUCAAAUCUGAGUUUCCCAAACCAAUCUGAGGAGGAGAGCCAAGUGGAUGGAGGGAGUGGAGACCGAGGUGACGGUGGUGUUGUUGACAGAGAGACAAUGGUGGAGGGAUUGAUGGCAUUGAAGAAGAGUUUGGAUGAGCAAAGGCAGGAAGUGGAUAUUGUGAUUGGUAUGUUUGGAGGGGAGGUCAUAAUUAGCAGAGAAGACCAGCUGAUGCAGGUGAUCGAGAGGUUGAAGAUGGAGCUGGACCAUGAGAGGGAAAAGAGGUUUGAGUUGGAGAUGCAAAUAGAGUUUCUUAAUCUUCAGCUUCAAGGUCUGUCUGGUAAUGGUGGUACUGAUUGAAGCCAUUAAUCAAAACACAUGGAGUGCAUGUUUCAGUUUUUUCUUGAAGCGAUAGUUAUGGACUGGGUUUAAAACGGGCCGAAGUCUCAUCUUGGGCUCCCGAUCUUUAUGUUUGGCUCGAGAGGUGGACCUGGGGCAGGCCUUGGGCUCAGUCAAUUUCAAUCCAGGAAUGGCUCAUCUAGACCUUGUAAUGGGCUUAACCAUAGUGUAGGCCCAAUAACCUGAUCCAUA